AUCAGUUACAUGCAGUCUGAACAAGGUCCAUUCAUACCCAAGGCAUCACGAUGUGUUCGAUGGUAACAUUGAUUCUGGUUAACAAAAUUGUUUAAAACUAUUUACACUUAUUUAUGAUAUAAUUAACAUAUUUUUUCCAGCUAGUUAACUAUAUUUUAACUUGAAUUAGUAUUUUAUUAUCAUGCAAGCGUUAAAUUUUAGUAUUAAGCUAAAAACAAAUGUAUCGCCAUUAUCAUAAAAUGUUUUAAAAAACGAAUAGCUUCACUGUUACUAUAAAUAAUUAAUUGACACCAGCAACAACAAUACAUGGAUCAAAUCCAAAACCCUGGUGGGGCGAAAUCUUGCUCUUCGUCAUGUACGCAUUUCUGGCUGUGAACCGCCUUGACUCACUAGGUGGCCUGCACCCUGGCUCCACAUCAUCUACGCAUUCCUUGCUGUGAAACGCCUUGACUCACUUGGUGGCCUGCAUCCUCUCGGUGGCUCUCGGGGUGCCCGCCCAUGCCGUCCACUUUCAAUACUUUGGUUUGAUCUUGAUAAAUUUGAUCAAGUUAUUUGUGGGUGCGCACUGGGUACUCGCAUCCAUCACUUUCCUGAAUAAGUCAGAACAACAGACUGAGAGAUUCACAUUCCACAGUAAAUAUGGUACAGAUUUUGACAUUGUAGGUAUCGGUCCAUGUCUCUGGAUGAAGUAGUCGAUUUCAAAUUUUCAGAUUUAAGUUUAAAAAAAUUCUUUGUGACUAUCUAGAUCAGGCCUACACAACAUACGGCCCACCGGCACCCACUUUGAGGCUCGCGAAGUAACGAAAUAUUCUUUAUUCUUAUUAUUUUCUUUAUACCCCCCCCCCGGGUCCUAUUUUCAUUUAGCACACACAAGUUUUAUAAAGUAUUACAGCCCGGCUUACAUUUUGAGUUGUGGAGGCCUAAUCUAAAUUGAUCUGCUUAUUUUUAUCUUUCCAGUGUGCUCGUGUAUUGGAGCUGUUAGAUUAUAAUAUAAGUCUGCUCUCAAACGUAUGUCUUUUUAUAUCUUGAUGUUAUACCACGUAUAUCUCUCUCUCCCCUCCCUCUUUCGCCCUCACCCUCUCUGUCCAUCUCCGUCUCUCUAACCCUCUCUCUGUCCCUCUCCAUGUCUUCUCCUUCUGUCUCUCCCUCCCUGUCCCCCUCUCUUCCUCCCUUCCUUUCCCUCUCUCUCUAUCUCUCCUUCUCUACACUUGUCUCUCAUGGCACAUCAAAGUUCUGAGUCUCUGAUUCACUCAUUUCUAACACAGGCUGUUCUAAGUAGUCAAGUUUAUUAUAUUCUCUUAAGAUCUCCUUGCUUUUUUAUCUUCUGCUGCAUAUAAAGUUUUGUUAUAAGCAAGUCUUAGAUGUUGGAACGGUAGGCCUCGUACAAUUUCUUUUGGUUUUAAUCAGUUUAAAUUUCUGUGGACUUAUUCGUUAGCGUUCCCCCGGUGUUAACACGAGCAAUGUUCGUAUACACUUCUUGUCAUGUGAGGUUGAAAAGUAUAAAGGAGUGAGUCUUCUUGUCUUAGACCUUGUCAAAUCUGGAACACCAUUGAAUACCAUCUGUACGCUAUGGCUGUUUGCUUGUGUAUAAACCAGUUAAUCAUGUUGUAGGCGGUGGUGCCAAGCAUUAGAGUCUUCGCGGACCACUUUGAUAGCGAGUAAAACUUUCGCCUACUGCAUACCCUUAACACUAACGUAUAAAAGUAUUAGACUAAACAAACACUUAGUGGUGUAAAGAAUUGUUAUUAAAGACGUACUCUCUACUCGCAAUGCCAUAUCGUGUGCCGAACGUUUUUUGUUAUUUGACACACGUGACAUUUUACAAUUCAAUGUGGCUAUUCGCACACGGGUAUCAGGAGUGAGAGGUUGGGAUUAAAAACAAUUUAAAAUAUUAGUGUUGGGUUUGUAAGACAAAAUGAGGUAUCAAAUAAAAGAUAAUUGAAUGGACUAUAUGGUUGUAAACUUACUUCUUCUGUUCAACUAAAAUAAACUAUCACAAAUGACAUCCAAAUAUCAUUGAAUCUAAUGGGACCCGGGUGCGAAUGGCGACGAUGCGUGUCCGGGUCCAUUUCGGGCAACGAAGCUGCACGUUGGAGCUCUCCCUUUGAUAGGACAGCUACCGCCAGCACCCACUCGAUCGAGUACCAAUGGAGACCAUCCCAGUCCAAGGGCAUCCGGUUGGCCAGUGAGGCUGCUCUCACAGUGUCAGCAGUUGACUUCCCCAGUAGUCGGGAUGGUGUAUUUACGUCCUAAAAUCUUCCCCCUCCAUCCCGGGAAGCGUCAGAAGCCCUCUAAAGGGGAAUGCUACAGGGAGUUUCUACCUUGUACAUAAUUUACGAGGUAGCUGGGACGAAACUGUUGCCUUUGAACAACUUCCUCAAAGGAUGUGUCAUAUCCAUGAACUGCAACAUGUAAUUAUAAUCCCUUCUCUGUUUCUGCCAUUAUUUGCAGCUACAGAGUUUCCGGGUAACGCCAGAAGGUAGAAGACAUCUAAGAAAAUUAAAGUCUUCUUUAACUAGUUAUUCAUUAGAACUCUUAUUAAAUAACACCUAUAAAAUGAACUCUUACAAAAUAAACUCUUACAAAUCUUCAUUUCAGUAAAAGUGCUAAACUCAUUUAGCCCCCUUGAGACAACUCAUGUUUGUAGAAGUGGUCAGCCCAUUAAUUCCUCUUGGGGAAAACAAGAAAUGAGAAAGACUUCACAAGAUGGCGUCCAGGUUUGAGAUUUAUUACUUAACAAAUUGUAAACAUUUGAUUGAAAUAAAAUUGUUAUAAUUUCGUUCUUUGUCAACAAACAAACACUAAUCAUUUCAAUGGAUAUUUUUGUACAAGAUUUUUACAUAUCUAAAGGCAAAAAAUAGGGAAUGAUGUUUUCAAUUCAUCAUUAAUAAGGAAGAUUAUUUGAACAUUUAUUAUUAUUGAUUAACAAACAUGAAAUACAAAAAUGAUAAUUGAUAAAAUUUAAUGAUUUGAGAUUGAUAUAUUUCAAUGAGUUAAAUGAAUGUUGUACUAAGUUUCGUCAUCGACUUAAUGGAUGUCCGUCUAUAUCUCAACAAGGUUACCUCAUCUUAUAAAUGGAAACCAAAACACCCCCAGAACAGUGCCCUAUUAGGUCAUCGAGGUCAUGGCAUACUCACAUAUUUGAAGUGUUGCCUGGGGCAACUGACACAACACAUGGUGCCUGUCCGUCACUACAAGUGGGAGUAUCCUAUACCUGAAAAACUAGAUGUAAGUUUUUAAAAGCAAUAUCUUGUCUGAUGUUAUCUUAUGUACCACUUUGAUCAAUUAGAAGUGAGUUUUUACAGCAAUAUCAUCUUGUCUGAUGUUAGCUUAUGGAACAAUAUGAUACCAAAAUAAUAUCAUAUUGCCUAUCUUCUUACCACAGCCCUUACACUGUAAAAAACAAAUUACAAGAAAAGAAAAUGAUUCUUUUUUAAAAGUAUUUCAUACAUUUUUAGAGUUGGACAUUGUUUUCACCAGCCAGAUCUUAGUCUUAAACAUUUUUUGAAAUAAAUAUAAAAAAUGUUUAACUGAUAUUUACAUUAAACAGUAAAUCAAAUUAAUGGAAGCACACCCAAUGUGUCAAACAUAGUAUUGGUAAAUGACCCAUUGUGUCAAACAUAUUAUUGGUAAAUGACCCAUUGUGUCAAACAUAUUAUUGGUAAAUGACCCAUUGUGUCAAACAUAUUAGUGCAAAAUGACCAGAUUUGUCAAAAAAUGAAUGAUGAGCAGUUCAUUCAUGAUUUUAAAAAAUUGGAACACAAACUUGUCUAUCUGAAAUUUUUUAUCCACAAUAGAAAAAGUAUUGCUUUUUUAAACUUACAAUAAACAUAUUUAGUUACAAUCUAUUGCUUAUGGCUGAAGCCAUGGAGUUUCCCUGUAGAGCAACUUGGGACUACAUUCACCAGCUACCUCAGUGAUCAAAAUGUGGAGACAAUUAGAAUAUUGGCCCAAGCUGAAUUUGACCAUUAUAACCGUAUGCGCUUCUUCGGGAAAACAGUCCAG